GCGGCAGUUGUCGCAGCAGGACCCGCCGUCGAGGACGGAGUCGUCGUCGGCGACAUCGACGUCGGCACCGAGACCGGAGGAGGCGGCACAGAAGGAGGCGCCGGGGGAAGAAGCGGCGAAGGUCUCGCUCGAGGUCAAGAAAGCGCCGAAAGGCAAAACCUGAUUCAAACUCAGGUGAUGCCAGCACGUAUUCUCCCAGCCAGCCCGAGGACAAAGACUCCGAAAGCGACGAGGAAAGCGAGCGGAGUGAGGACAAGCAACAAGCUGCCAAAGAAGCAGCCGCCAAAGCCACUGAAAAGGCGCUCGCGCAAGCUCGGAAGGCCGUCCAAGAUGCGAUAAAGGAAGAAGAAGCAAGGCAACGCGUGCAGGUCGAAGAAGGCGUUCUUGCAGUGCAAGCCGAGGUGGAGCAGGAGAUUGCGGCCAGACUGUCGGAUGCAAAGGAGAAGCUGAUGGCAGAAAAGGCUUCGCGACUUCAGGAGGCUGAGGAGAGGCUUGACCAGGUUUUCGCCUGUCGCCUGCAAGACGCCACCGCCAAUAUUCGCAAAGCCAUCCAGGCAAAUGUUGACGAGGGUCGUAAGGAGCUCGAGGCCAAGGCCCAGAAGGCUCUUCAGGAUGCUCGAGCGAAGCAGCUGCAUGGACAGGCGCCCUCCUUGGCGACCGGCCGUUCUUCCGCAGAGUCUGUGACCGUAUAUGACCGCAAGCCAUGCAUAGCCAUACAACCAUUACAACCCCUCCCCUCUCGCAAUCUCUCGCAGCUUGGCAGCUGGCGAGGUUAA